AUUCACAAGUAAGACAGUCAACAUGGCAGCCAAGGCUCUGGAAGCUCUGAUGAUUUGCCUGAUGAUAAAGGGCCACUGCGCAGAGGAUCUGGAGGACAUUUGGAAGUUCUUAAAGUACUACGAGUGCCUCUCCUAUGACAAAAAUGCCGUACUACAGCAGCACCAGAGAGUGAAACGGCAUCUCCAGCCCCAAAAGCAGGAGUUGCAGUUGGACUUUGAGGCUUUUCACAGGGCUUUCCACUUACGGCUUAAGCAAGACUAUGGUGGAUUUACAGAUGAUUUCAAGGUCCACUCUGGAAAUGAGUCGUGGACAGGAGAUCUCUCUCACAUUUACUCAGGAGUGCUGGAAGAUGAGAGCAACUCUUCAUGCCAGGGUUCCAUCCUUGAUGGCCAGUUUGAAGGUUCCAUCCAAACCUCCAAUGGCACCUUCUAUGUUGAAUCUGUGCAGAAAUACACCAACAAACAGUCGGAUCAUCACUCCAUCAUCUAUCACGAGGAAGAUGUCGAUGAGUCUCUCCUGGGAGGCGUCGGCCGUGCUGGUUUCUGCGGGUCAGCCCGGCUUCAGAGCCUCAUCCAAAGCCUCAGACAGGAAGAACCAGUGUCCAGGUCAAAGAGGACAGUGGACCAGUCCAAAACCAGCUGCCUUCUACAUCUCCAUGCUGACCAUUUUUUUUACCAGCGGUUUGGUAGUGUGGAGGCUGUUGUUGCCCAGGUUGCCUCUUAUAUGAAAGCUGUAAACAAUAUUUACGACAAGGCAGACUUUGAUGGGAUUGAUCUGAUCAACUUCAAGGUGAAAUCGAUGAGUUUUGCCCCCGAAGAGGACCCGAGUGACCCCCUGCAGGAGACUUACAUUGGCCCUGAGAAGCUGCUGAGUCUUUAUUCAGAGACAAACUGGGGCAACUACUGCCUGUCCUACCUACUGACCAACCGUGACUUUAAUGGAGUUCUGGGACUGGCUUGGGAGGGAAAGGCAGAUGACUGGGGAGGAAUCUGCUCCAAAAACCUGCUUCUGAAAGACGGCCGUAUGUCCAGCCUCAACACUGGUCUGAUCACUCUGAAGAACUAUGGCUUCUACCUCCCGCCCAAAUUCGUCCAUCUGACCUUUGCUCAUGAACUUGGCCACAGCCUGGGGGCUCCUCACGAUGAGGGCUCGGACUGUGGAGGCCUGGAAAUCACUGAAGGGAAAGGAAGAUUCCUGAUGUUCCCACAUGCUGCAGACAAGGUCCAGGAGAACAGUGAUCGGUUCUCGCCUUGCAGCCUCCGCCACAUUAGCCGCUUGCUGAAGAUCAAGAAGGACAAAUGCUUUGUUGUCAGUGAUCAGCCCAUCUGUGGAAACCAGAUUUUGGAGAAAGGAGAGGAAUGUGAUGUGGGCCAUAAUGAAAGCGAUCCAUGCUGUUACAGUUCAAGGGGGCCAGCAGGCUCUCAGUGUCGGCUGAAGCCCAGCGUGCAGUGCAGUCCUAGUCAGGGUCUGUGCUGCACCUCUGGUUGCGUCUUUAAGAACGCUGGGCUGACCUGUGAGAAAGACUCAGAAUGCCGGAUGAUGAGUGCAUGCACGGGGUCCUCUGCUUCCUGUCCUAGGCCCACCGCAAAGCCAAACAUGACAAUCUGCAGACAAGGCACACGUGUUUGUCUCAAUGGGGAAUGUGCCCGGUCACUCUGUGUGAUACAUGACCUGGAGCAAUGCGACUGUCCAGGAGAGAACAAGAAGGAAAAAUGCCACAUGUGCUGCCAGCAGAAGGGUAACCCCAAAACCUGUGCAAGCACAACCUCUUCCGUUCUUUUGACGCAAUUUAAAGGAAAGCAGGUGGCCUUGGUUCCAGGAAGCCCCUGCUCUAAAAACCAGGGCUACUGCGACCACUUCCAAACGUGUCGCCUGCUGGACGCAGAUGGCCCAAUCGCCAGGCUGAAAAACUCCUUCCUGCAUUUGGAUGAAUUUGAUGACUUGGCAGACUGGAUGAUGGCUCACUGGUGGGUGAUUCUGCUGGCCAUUCUCACCAUCUCAGCAGUGAUGGCCGGCACCGUCUGUCUGUUUGGACACACCCUGGAGAGUGACGAGACAUCGGCGGGUUAGCUCAGAGCAGGACAGGUCAAAUACCACUGUCCCUCGCCAAAUGUCAUGGUCGAGUCUUCACUCAAAGAUGUACAAAAUCAGCGUUUUGCAGGUCUGCACAGAAUCCUCGGCUUGAGUGGACUAACAGCUCGGAGUUUUACACACACCUGUCUAAACAUCAUCUGAGUUCACGUGAAGUCCCCCAUCAGUGUGCUUCACAUCAUUUGUCCUCAGUAAGCUGUUUGAACUCCACAGCUAAUUUGAGGCUUGUUUUUCUUCCAGCUUUUUACUGUUUCCCCAACAACUCAUUGCUGCAGUACAGAUUACAUUUGACAUUCCUACUGAGACGCCAUGGCCAGUCUUAUUCUCAUAAGAAUGAUGACCAGCAGCAUGGAAGUGACCGCUAAGGGAAAAAACUGAGCUGCCAGUUAAGUUUCAGUUGUUCCUGGAUGUUCUUCCUACAGAACUUGCAACAUGUUGGUGUCAGUUGGGAAAUUCCUUUACAAAAUAAACAAAUAAACAAACAAAAAGAUCUUUAUUUUA